CACCAACCGACAUUGGGUGUAUAUGUAUUCACGUUUAUUUGUUUACAUCCGGAAAAACAAAACAGAAUCAUGCCCAGAUGAAACAGAUUUAAUUGGAUCUCAUAGUAGUAGAACAUCUUAAAAUGGAUGUGAAGUACCCAAUAACAGAUCCAAACGAUUCAGUUUUGGUGAAUCUUCGACAGUCGUUGGCAGAACAAGCAGCUGCAUACAGACUUCAAGAGAACACAAAUACCAUCAACAUUCCAUUGUUAGGACAUAUACACUUUGUCCGAGAUAAAAAUGGGAUCAUGAUGUUAUCCUGUAUUGUUGCUUACUGGGUUUAUGGCGUGUGGUCUUCUUACUAUGUGGUCCUUAACCCACACUAUGUGGAUGGAGUAGUUCCUACUUGGUAUAUGUGUUACCAUUUUUUGGUGUGUGCUCUGUGUUUACUGGCUCUUAUCCGUUCUGCUACCCUAAACCCAGGCAGAGUUCCAGACAUAGAUGCCAAUGUUGCCCAGAGUCGUGGAUGGGAGCCUUGUCCAACCUGUGGAAAAUGGCGGCCUCCGAAAGCUCACCACUGUCGCCGCUGUAAACAAUGUGUGGUCAGGAUGGAUCACCACUGUCCAUGGAUCAACAAUUGUGUUGGUGAUGGUAACCAUCAUGUGUUCACGCUGCUACUUUUCUACGCCUUCCUGUUCGGUCUGAAUGGAUUCAUUGCCCUGAUGUUACAUUACUGGUACUGGCCAAAGUGUGAAGCCUGUGAUAAGGAGUCCUUUCCGGUGAAGCAUGGCCUAUGGUUCUGCUAUCUGAGCACCGUUAUGGCCCUUGGCAUGGCUUACUUCAUGCUCAUGCAGUCCAUUGCUCAACAUUUUAACCUUCUCCUUAAUAUGACCUCAUUGGAAACCAUGAAAAUCAAAAGUGUACAUGAUGUUAAUUAUGAUACAGUACAGCUGAGGACUUGUUGUAAAGCAUAUACAGACCUCUUCGGAACGUUUCAUUUUUACCUGUGGCCUUGGCCAUGCCGAAGAAAACGGUCCAGACUUUCUUCUCUUACAAUAUGGGCGUGAUCUCUGGGAUUUUAUAGUGCAGUGUAACCUCAUAAAAGAAGUGUUGUAAUUAACUUUAGAUGUUGCCCAAGAUGAACUGUCCAAUCAAGUGCCUGAAUUUCAAAUAAAUAGAAGUGUCUAUUUCCUGUAGAAUUUGAAGUCAAAGGUAGAAGCUAAAAUAUAUUUUUCCAUUUUACUGUGUUAAAUCAAUUAUCUGUGUCAACAUCUGAAUCGGUUAGAAUUCAUAGUGAAUUGUUCUAGCCUAUAUUUAAAAGAAGUGCCUCAUGGUCGAAGUCAUUGAAUUACAUACUAAGUGACAGAUAGUGUUCAAAGAUGCGUUACAACACCAUUAAUAUCAGCUAUUUCCCUUUUAUGUUUUUGUUUGUUGUUAUCGCAGAGUCAUGGGUAGCUGCCUUCGAGAAGCUACAUCCAUAGUGUGUAAUGUCCAGGAUGAAAAAUGCUGGACUUUCAUACUAGUAUCAUGUUUUUCAAUUUCUGUCUGUUUUAGCCUUUAUGUAAGAAUAUUUUUGUCAAGGUUACGUUUGAACAAAUGUUUAAAUUGCCAAUGGAGAAGUUCUGUUCAAGUGGGAUUUAAACCAUUAAUAUUUUAUUUCAAUGAUAUUUCUAAAAUAUUUUAUUAUCAUACAUUAUUGACAUAUCUUCAGUGUAUAUUUAUGCAUUUUUAUUAUACCCCCACAAACGAAGUUUGAGGGGAUAUAUAGGAGUGAGCUUGUCGGUCGGUCUGUCGGUCUGUCUGUCAGUCGGUCGGUCCGUCUGUCGGUUUUCAUGGUUUCUGGACGAUAACUCAUGAAAGGCAAGACAGAUUUGAAAAAAUUUUGGUACACAGGUGUAACAUCAGAAGAUACAGGUCAAGUUCGAUAUUGGGGCUGGUGGGUCCAAGGUCAAGGUCACUGUUACUAAAAAUAGAAAAACGGUUUUCGGACGAUAACUAAUGAAAGGCUUGACAGAUUUGAAAAAAAAUUUGGUACAAAGGUGUAACAUCAGAAGAUACAGGUCAAGAUCGAUAUUGGGGCUGGUGGGGCCAAGGUCACUGUUACUAAAAAUAGAAAAACGGUUUCUGGAAGAUAACUCAUGAAAGGCUUGACAGAUUUGAAAAAAUUUUGGUACACAGGUGUAACAUCAGAAGAUACAGGUCAAGUUCGAUAUUGGGGCUGGUGGGUCCAAGGUCAAGGUCACUGUUACUAAAAAAAGAAAAGCGGUUUCUGGACGAUAACUCAUUAAAGGCUGAACGGAUUUGAACAAUUUUUGGUACACAGGUGUAACAAUAGACGAUACAGAUCAAGUUCGAUAUUGGGGCUGGUGGGGUCAAGGCCACUGUUACUAAAAAUAGAAAAAUGGUUUCUGGAUGAUAACUCAUGAAAGGCUUGACAGAUUUGAACAUUUUUUGGUACACAGGUGUAACAUCAGAUGACAAGUUCAAUAUUGGGGCUGGUGGGGCCAAGGUCACUGUUACUAAAAAUAGAAAAAUGGUUUCUGCUUCAUAACUUUAAUUGGGCAUGAGAUAUUGUGAUGAAACUUGCUGUAUAGGCAGCCUCUGUGAAGACAAUGCUUGUGAUUGAAAAUGGGGCCAGUGGAGUAAAGGUUUUUGUGCACUGUUACGAAAAUAGAAAAACGGUUUCCGGAAAAACAAUACAUGCAUGAUAAAAGAAGAUGCAGUGUGCAGUAACCUUGGAGUUAUGGCCUCUUUUCAAAGGAAUGGUUUGCCAUUCCUGUGUCCAGGCGGCAUUUGGGGGUAUUCGUCACUCCUGUGACAGCUCUAGUUUGUUUUUUUCCCUAGUUUUGAAUGUAUAAUAUUUUAUAUUCUUGCAGAAACAUGCAUUUACUUUCAA